AUGUCUCAUUUCGCGGAGUCCUCUGGAGGUGGACGGGCGAGGAGUAGGCUUCAAGGUGCCCGCAGCACCCGCAUUGGCUCCGAGCACAACGUCGUUCUGGAUCCAGUUGGUGAGCUCAGCGGGUUCCCGCUGAUCCCUUGCCUGGAUUGUGGUCUUGCUCGGUUUCCUAAGCUAUGUGGUUCCUAUCGAUUCGAAAAGGAGUACUUCCAGCAGUUGAAGGAUCGUGGUAUCAUAAUUGUUUGCCCUUUGAAUUGGGCAGAGCUGCUGGAUGAAGAAGAAGGUUCAGUGGACAGUCCAAAUGGUGACACCAAGAAGAAAACUUGGAGCAGAAGUUGGAGAAUUUGA